AUGACUACCAUGGAUCUCCGCGUCGGUAACAAGUACCGCAUCGGCCGAAAGAUCGGUUCCGGUUCUUUCGGUGAUAUCUACCUCGGCACCAACAUCAUCUCCGGUGAGGAGAUUGCCAUCAAGCUGGAAUCCGUCAAGGCCAAGCACCCGCAGCUCGAAUAUGAGGCUCGAGUUUACAAGUCCUUGGCUGGAGGUGUCGGCAUUCCCUUCGUCCGUUGGUUCGGUACCGAGUGCGACUACAACGCCAUGGUUUUGGACCUGCUCGGUCCCAGUCUGGAGGAUCUGUUCAACUUCUGCAACCGGAAGUUCUCACUCAAGACGGUCCUCCUCUUGGCCGAUCAGCUGAUCUCCCGCAUCGAGUAUAUUCACGCCAAGUCCUUCAUACACCGUGAUAUCAAGCCCGACAACUUCCUCAUGGGAAUCGGCAAGCGCGGCAACCAAGUCAACGUCAUUGACUUUGGUCUGGCCAAGAAGUACCGCGACCCCAAGACACACUUCCACAUCCCUUACCGUGAGAACAAGAACUUGACCGGCACGGCCCGAUACGCGUCUAUUAACACUCAUCUGGGUGUCGAACAAUCUCGUCGCGAUGACAUGGAGUCGCUGGGCUACGUCAUGCUCUACUUCUGCCGUGGCUCUCUCCCCUGGCAGGGUCUGAAGGCUGCUACCAAGAAGCAGAAGUACGACCGCAUCAUGGAGAAGAAGAUGACCACACCUACCGAGGUUCUGUGCCGUGGCUUCCCCAACGAGUUCGCCAUCUAUCUCAACUACACCCGCUCGCUGCGCUUCGACGACAAGCCCGACUACAGCUACCUCCGAAAGAUCUUCCGUGAUCUGUUCGUCCGUGAGGGUUUCCAGUACGACUACGUCUUUGACUGGACCGUCUACAAGUACCAGAAGAACGCCCAGGCCAUCGCCCAGGCUGCUGGCCAAGGUGCUGACGAGGACGACAAGGCUCGUGCCGGCCGAACUGCGGCCGCCACUGCCGGUCAGACGGCAGCUUCGGGUACCGUCAAGCCGGGCGCCAUUCCCAGCUCCCGCCGUAAGGUGAUCGAGCGCGCUGGUGUUGACACUCCGGAAACCAACCGUGCCGUCGGGGGAAGCGACAGGAUGCUGCGGUCAGCUUCGAAAGGUCAAGGCACCGGCUCCGGAUACGCCUCGGGCUCGUACCGUCCCAAAUGA